UGCGCACAAGGCCGUCUUCAAUCCACUCUUAUUGUACGACUGAGCAACCUUACUUACCAAUUAUAUUUAAGAUCUUGCACUGCGAAAAUGUUGCUUUACGUUUGUUGCGUAUUUUUUCUUCUCGGCUUUGGCAACUCGCACGGAGUAUCUGAUGAAAUGAUGGAAAUGGCCAAAAUGUUACAUGAUUCAUGUGUCAGUGAAACUGGUGUUGACGAAGGUCUGAUCGAAAAAUGUCGCGAUGGAGUAUUUACAGAGGACAGUAAUUUGAAGUGUUACAUAAAGUGCAUCAUGGAUCAAGUAUCAGGAAUGACUGAUGAUGGAGAAGUUGACGAAGAAACUGUGAUCAGUAUGUUACCUGAAGAGAUGCAAUCAGAGACAGCUCCAACUAUUCGAGAAUGUGGAACAGUUAGGGGAUCAGACAACUGCGAUACCGCUUUUCAAACUCAUAAAUGUUAUUACGCUAAAAAUCCAGAAAAUUACUUUUUGGUAUAAUGAAAUCGCAAUUGACGCCACGUUAUAGUCAUCAUAGGGUUACCACAUUAAUAUGUAAUCGAUUUCCUUGGUUUCUAUUGGGUUAAUUUAUCACGAUAGCAAUAGAAUGUUGUAUAUCAAUUAUAAGUAGAUAAUUAAUGAGUUAUGAGUAA